AUGCGGCCAACUAUCCAGGGUACUCGGUUGCCGUUGAGUGGCGCACUUGCCGAUGGAUGUCUGUCGCAUCUGACAUCUGUGGCCACUGCCGCACUGAUGACUUUUCUACGGCGAUUUCUCAUACCGAAUGCAGAGAACACACGGGCCGAGGCGGAUUUGUAUCAGGUUAUAGUGGAGAAAGAAUCCCUGGAUCAGAACUCGUAA